UUGUACCUGUGGAAUGUUUCGUUAAGGUUUAGAUUACUGUCAGGAUUAAUUUGUAGAUGCUGCCAUCUUGUGGAAUUCAUACAAACUGCAGCAUGUGUCUCUUGAAAGAUUUAUUUCACAGGCAACAGCUACAACCCAGGCCCUAACUACUAGAGUACAUCAAGGCUAUAGAAAUAGAACUACAUAUUAUCCCCCAAACCAGACACUAUCGUAGGCAAGGCAAGAUAAGAUACAACAACUGUUCAGAGCAUUGCAUUGUGUUGCUUAGCCUUCAUUAGGUCUGCAAUCAGAACCCUGUGUCCACUGGAUCACCUUAGCAUCCCCCUUUAUGAUAAAAUGAGUGCUAUUUGGAAUAAACAACUGCUGAAAAUGCUGAAGUGAUCAUACCCACAAAUCAUUGUAUAUCUUCUGUUUAUAUUAUAUGUAUUGACAUACAUGUUUUGUACAAAUGUGGAUAUUCAUUAUGUGGAUAUUCAUUAUUAUUAUAUUCUUUAUGCAAUAACCAUGAUGUCACUGCGUAUUGUGAUGUCAUUUCUUUCCACCCAUAGCAACAUCUUGCAGUGACAUCACUGUUUGAUAUUACUGUACCCACGCAGUUCAAAUGUUGUGACAUAAGUCUUGUCACAACAUUCUCCACUCUAUUCCAUCCCCAGCUCAGGGUAAAAAAAACUGUUAAAAAAAAUCUUUGUGUGGUAGAAACCCCGUAGUUCAGUUAUUGUAGGAAACAGAACAGAAAGGGAAAGAUAAACCAAACUACUAAACUAGAAUAACAUUGUUUUCUUACAACAUGUAUUUUAGUAAAGUAUAAAGCAAGACCCUUGUAAGUGAGCUUAGGGAGAUGGCAAUGGACACCUACUGAUGUGCUUUAGUCUGCUGGAGAGAUUUGUUUGGACAGUAACUAGCGGUAUGGCUACUGGCUGCAGCCUAGUCCUGGUAUGCAGGUGACGAUGUGAUGUCAUAAUGUAAACGCUGCUGGUGUUUGCGGUAAGUUUCAAAGCUGUAAAGUCACUCAGACAGUUUUUAUCAUUUAUGUUCAGGGCGCUGAAGAAAAUGAUUCCAGUUUUUAAACUAUUAAUAUUGUCCUUGUUGAUCCAGCACAGUCACACAGCGUGUGGAGUUAGACCACUUUAUAACGGCUCUCAUCCAGUACAUUCCCGCAUAGUUGGCGGUAUGGACGCUGAACCUGGGGAGUUCCCAUGGCAAGUGAGCCUCAUCAUGGGUUCACACUUUUGCGGUGCAUCGAUUCUUAGUCCCAUAUGGCUUAUAUCUGCUGCCCAUUGUUUUCCACAACAUAAAAACGUUGUCUUGAGAGUUGGUACUAACAACUGGAAGGGUGGUGGAACCAGACAUUCAGCAGAAGCCUUUAGACAUGAACAAUAUAAUGAUAAAAGUCAAGAUAAUGACAUUGCUUUACUGAAGGUUGACCCACCCAUUGUACUAAGAGACAGGGCAAUGCCCAUAUGCAUCCCUCUGGAAGAUAAUUUUAACAAUGAAAACUAUGAAGAUUGUUGGGUUACUGGAUGGGGUAAAACAGACUUUAGCGGCAAAAACAUUCCUGACCGUCUUCAGAAAGUGAAAAUGCCCAUUAUUAACUGGGACUUAUGUAAAAAAUGGAUCAGAAUGAUCAACGAAAACAUGCUGUGUGCAGGCUAUGAAAAAGGGGGUAGAGAUUCUUGCCAGGGUGAUAGUGGCGGACCAUUGGUUUGCAGAAAAAAAGGGGGCCAAAUAUUUUUCCAAGUAGGAAUCGUGAGCUUUGGAUUUGAGUGCGCACGUGCAAAAAGUCCUGGCGUCUAUACUGCACUCUCCAAUUACAAGGGAUGGAUUUUAGAAACAACAACAAAACAUGGAUUUCCUUUUAACCCAGCCAAUCAAGCAGCUUCUGUUAAAAGUUACAGAACAGAGUAUCAAAGGCAACACCCAAAGAAUUCAUCCUCCAAAUUGAUUUUCUCAUUUCAUACAAUGUGCUUUGUGCUGGUGCUGUUUAGCCUUCUACUGCAGGUAGUACAAGGACCUGUGUAAAUUGUGGCUGCAAUAAAAAGGUUUAGUUGACAAGGUGUUAAUAUAUUGUCUAAAUUUAUAUACUUACCUUGAGGUUCAAUUUACUACACUAUAUAUCCUAUCUGAUCGAAACAUUUCAGGUAGGAUAAAAAGAGCAGUGCCAUGAUGUCAUGGCUACACAAGUUACACAAAA